AUUACCAAUAUUUACACAAAUUACAUUAUUAUGGUGUUUAAAAAGCUAAUUCACGUCAACUCAUUUAAAAGAUUUCAAAAGAAUCAGUGACACUCUGAAAUGUAUUGUGGCUAAACCACAGGCAGCCUUUCUGGGUCAUCUGUCACUUCAAAAUGAAUGACUGCAGUAUUAGGUGCUGUGUGUGUACAGUUAACAAUAAUACCAAAUACUUACAAGACCAGCACGACGCAGCAGCUUAUUUUACUGCCUAACUGCUGUGAAAGUAUCAUGGUAUGUUUGAACCAAUGGUUUGAACUCAUGGAAAACAGCAAUCUCUAAAAGUUUGAUAACGCCGAGUUCUCUCGUUGGUUGUUAGUCACGUGACUGAGGUGUGCACGCUCACCUGCUUAACUUGAGCAUUUGUCGUGAACACGCAUAAUAGAAAGUAUUGCUGACAGGAUCAACCAGAUGAGCAGAGGUGACUCAAGGAACCGGAUCUAACAUUGUUUGCGUACGUCUUUUUUAAUAUACGAAAUUUUAAUGAGUGGUUUCAACAGUUAAACUGUACCUGUCAAUAACAAAACUAUGUUAAAUGCUGUUUAAAAUACAACUGAGCUCAAGUAAUGGCACUGUCACAGGUCCAGUGCCUUGAUGACAAUCACAUCAACGCGCGCACUAAUGAGUCCAAGCCGGAGUUUUUGUACAGUGAAGGUCAGAGACUCGCGUUGGAGACACUGAUCCACGCCGGACGGGACGCUUUUGAGGACUACAUCAAAACAAACAGCAUCCGCUGCUUUCUGUCGGACCUUGAGCUUGAGAGGAUUUUCGGGACCGCGGAGGUUUAUUCCCCGGGAUCUCCUCAAAAUAAUGCUGAGGUUUACUGGGAAGGUGAUGGGGAAGAGAUUUCCCUACAGUACUGGCCCGACCGCUCGGACCGCUCCAUCCCGCAGCUGGAUAUCGGAUGGCCGGACCGGGCGUCCUACCGCGGGGUGACCCGUGUUCAGGUGUACACUCAACCCCCUUAUGAGGGACAGUCACAUAUUAAAGGGGUCGUGAGAAAAAUGAUCGGCCAAGCACAGAAGGUUAUUGCAGUUGUCAUGGACUUAUUCACCGAUAUUGACAUCUUUAAAGAUCUCCUAGAUGCAAGUUACAGGCGAAAGGUUGCUGUGUACAUUAUGCUGGAGGCCACUGGAGUAAAGCACUUCAUGAGGAUGUGUGAGAAAGCAGGCAUGCACACUGGACACCUCAAGAAUUUGCGAGUGCGCAGCAUUAGGGGUGCAGAAUUCCUCAGUCGAUCCUCAAAAAGAGUGUAUGGAAGCCAAAGCCAGAAGUUCAUGUUUAUUGACGGUGACAAAGCAGUCUCAGGGUCAUAUAGCUUCACAUGGUCUGCCUCCAGACUGGACAGAAACCUCAUCACUGUUCUCACCGGCCAGGCAGUCGACACAUUUGACACACUGUUUCAGGACAUGUACAUGCUAUCUAAUGGAGUGUGCCUGAGCAAGAUUAAUCUGAGCAGUGAGCCUGAACCUGAAUACGUCCCUCAGGCAGUACCCACUCCACUUCCAUCAGCCACCAAAGCACUCAAGCUCAUUAACCCGAAAUACACUCUGGUCUCCAACUGUGCUUUUACCACCAAUGGACCUGUAUCUGACCAGACAAGUGCCCAGAACAGCACUUCUAAGAAUCAGACAGAAGUUGUCAAAGUCACCCCAGUGGUGCCACCUGUUCACCCGGGACUGCUCAACCUGGAAAAGGCGGACAUGAUCAAUUAUAUCCCAACCUGGCCUGAUCCUGACCCACCGAGUGACGUCAUUGGUUUCAUUAAUAUAAGAGAUGCUAACAAGCCGUUGCAAGCUCACCUUAUGCGUUCAGAACUCUUUGAAGUGUCUCAAGCCAUUCGAUUCAAGGAUCCUGUUCAUGAGCCAGUGGAAUCUUCAUUUCUGAGAGCUAGUCCUGGACCCGUAUCUCAAACAUCGUCUCACCCUGAGGUUCCAGCUCAGAAGCAAACACCAGGAGAAGCUCAGAUGGAUUUUGAUAAAAAUCAACAUCAAACGAGCAACCAGAGUGAGAAUCUUGUUUUGCCUUUGGAAAAGCCAAAAAUGAUGCAUGUGCUAGCAUUUAAUAAAGUAGAUAAAGAGGAACCCUGUGUGUCAGAAAAAGACCUGGACACUAAGUCUUUACAGAGCAAAAACAUUUGCACCAAAAAAGACUUUGCCAAAGCAAUUUCAUCUUUUCAAGACGAUACAGUCUCAGAUACAAAGGGAAUCCAGGAUACUUUACAACCUCUAAACUGUUCUAACCAUACCUCAGAAGAGUUGUACUGGAAAUCAUCAGCAGUCUCCAACAAAUCUGAUCUUGUGGAGUCAUUUGCAAUCCCAAAAAGCCCUUCUGUCAAGCAAAGCCAAGAUGACCAAAUCAUAACUGAUGUUGUCACUCAAAACCACAUUGAAACAAAACCAGAAACAAAUCAAAAUGGCUGGAAUGGUACAAAGAUGUCUAACUGUGACUCUAGCAUGUCUUCGUUGUCUGAUGAAUACUAUGAGUGUUUUAGCCCAGUGGCUGACUUCAGGUCUGUGGAAGAUAUCUUUGUGCCUGAAGAAACACGAGAAUCUUUGCCUAAUCCGAUCAAAAAGGGUCAUCAAGGGCAAGCAAUUCUUCGUUCAAAAUCAUGCCCUGCUCAAGACUGUGAAGAUUUGGGUAAUUCUCAGAACUAUUUUACUCCGAAACUUUUGAAAACCUCUUGCAGUAUUAUCUUCAAUUUCUUAUCAGCAGAGUGCAAAACAACAGCUGCACUUUCCAAAACCACCUUUGCCCAAGAAAACGACAAAGGUGCUAUAAUAAAUGAUAGUAAACAACCGGUCAAAGAUAGUGAAAGCUGCUGUUUCUUACAGACUCCUAAUGGUUAUUUAAACUUCUCUUUAACAUCAGAUGAGUACUUUGAGUGCAGUGACACAGUGGGUUUGAAGUCAGAGAUUGACUGUGUGGUUUCAAAGGAACUCAGUUCAGCUGAAAACAUUAAUGAACCUCAGCGAAUAACAAAGCUCAUACUGGAAGCUGAGAAACUACCUGAGCUAGGCUGUCAAAACAUUAAAGAGAAAGUUGAACCUGAAAUGCAUUCUGGACAGGAGCAGCCUGAAUUUCAACAUGUACUACACAUGACAGCUGAUAGUAACCUGCCAGAUGGCUCAAGGGCAGUUUUAUUAUCUGAAGAUAAUACUCAAGCUCAAUCGAAUGACAAACUUCUCAAACAAGUACAAGAUUCUGAAGUUACAUCAAAGCCAGCGGUAGACACUGAAUCGAUGAGCAGUGUUUUGCAACAACAUAUGGCACGUGCAUCUCAACAGUUUUUAGAGAGACAAACCAAGGCAGUGUCUGUAGAGUUAACUGAAAAAAUGUCAAUACAGGACUUACAAAUAGAAUCACUACAAGAGGUAUUACCUCAUGCAAGUCAGAAUAUAAAUAGUAAGGAUAAGUUUGUGCUGUUUGAUAAGAGAAAUUCAAACCCAGAGUUUGAGUCGGAGGUUAGUGUAGAUGUAGUAUGUGAGGAACACUUUGUAAAGUCACUCCAGGAUUUACAACCUGAGUUAAGUUCAGACUUAAUACCCAAACCUCCAGAAGUAAACAAAGUAGCUGACAAAAUGGCAAUGCAGGACUUACAGCUUAAGGCAAGUCUAAAUUUAAUGUGUGAGGGAUCUAAAAAAGAAUCAGUACAAGGGUUACAGCCUAAUGCAAGUCUAGAUUUAAUAGGUGAGGUAAAGCCUCUAUGGUCAUCUAAGAAAAAUUCUGAGUCUGGCUUUGUGUCUGAGGUUAGUGUAGAUUUAGUAUGUGAGGAACAGUCUGUACAGACUCUCCAGGACUUACAUCCCGGGUCAAGUUCAGACUUGCAACUCAAAACUUCAGAAGUAAAUGUGUGUGUAGAGAAAUCUGAAAAGAAGGCAAUGCAGGACUUACAACUUGAAGAAGGUCUAGAUUUAGUGUGUGAGGAAUCUGAAAAAGAAUCACUACAAGGGUUACAACCUGAUACAAGUCUAGGUUUAACAGGCAAAGAGAAUCCUCUACUGUUAGCUAAGAAGAUUUCAAACCCAAACCUUGAGUGUGAGGUUAAUCGAGAUGUAGCAUGUGAGGAAAAGUCUGUAAAGUCACUUCAGGACUUGCAACCUGAACCAAGUUCAAACCUACUACUCAAACCUACAGAAGUAAAUGUGUCUGUAGAGGUAGCUGAAAACAAUGCAAUGCAGGACUUACAACUUAAAGUAAGUCUUGAGGAAUCUGAAAAAGAAUCACCACAAGGGUUACAACCAACUGCAAUUACUUUAAUAGAUGAGGAGAAGCCUCUACUUUUAGCUAUGAAACAUUCUGAUUCUGGCUUUUUGUCUGAGGUUAGUGUAGAUGUAGUGUGUGAGGAACAUUCUGUAAAACCACUUCAGGACUUACAACCUGAAGUAAGUCUAGACCUAAUGCUCAAACCUGCAGAGGGAAAUGUUAUCCUGCACUAUGCAACCGACAGUGUGUUUAAUUGCUCAAUACUGCAAGAUAAGGCAGAUGUAACUUCUGUAAUUCCAGAGAAGCCUGAGAUAACAAAGUUAAUAGAGUUGCCUAAGAUUAAGGAACUGCAAAAGUCAUUGACUUGUUUAGAUUGUAGUUCAAAACACCAACAUAACCUCAGAUCCGAAGAAGAUGUGAAUGAGCAUUUAAGGUUACCGAAUGAUGAGGUCAGUCAAGCAGUGUUAAAGAUAAAAUCUGAACAGCACAAUUCUCAGAUGAAAAUUCCAGAACAAUUUGAAUCCAUUGAGCUGUUGAUAUUAGAAGAUUCCGACCUCCAAAUGACAGAGCAGGACCAGUCUGAUCCCGGAAGUCCAAUAGUUGCACUGAGCAAAGAAACAAAGAUAUGCAAAACCAAGCCUAUACAAAUGAAAACUACAAUUGAUAGAAAACUUACAGAGGAGAAGCUGGGUCAUGAAGUUUACAGUAGAAAUGGGAAGGAAACAUGUUACCCAACUGCCCCUGAUGAGGAGAAACAAGAAGGGGAACAUAUUUGUACAAAUCAAACGUACAAGAACCUGCCAGAGGCAAAACCCAAGAUGGAAAGUCUGGCAAGGAAGCACUCACUUCAGACGUCAUCCAGAAUUCCUAUUCAAGCUAGAAGAGGGUCAACCAAGUUACCCAUUGGCAAACUAGACACUUCUAACUGCUCAUCUGGGCUUCAAGCUCCUAAGUGUGGCAUACAUAAACAACUGCCUGGAAAACCUAUGGGACAGAAGAAGACUAGCAUUACACCCCCUUCAUCUCCUGAAAAGCCAUCCAUAGGAAAAAUCACUCCAGUUAGGCCAACACAAAUACCACAGAGACCCACUUGGACAGUCCCCACACCGAACAGUCCCACCUCUCCCACAAACCAGAACCAGCAGACUGCACCCAGAAUCAAGCCACCAGACCAGCCAAAUGUUUCCAGGUCUGCAUCCAUGACAAAGUAUAGCAGGUCUUCUUAUGAAAUAUCAUGUACACGACAGGUUAAGAAGCAGGCGGUUAAAGGCAUUCUGCCGAGCCCAUAAAAUAGCAGUGUUUACACUGGGAAUGCGGUUAAUGCCGAGUUCAGACUGCACAAUUUUCAAAGUAGUCACAGAUGUCUUCAUACUGCAUGACUAUCUGAGCUUGUGUUUCAUCGCUACAUUGUUUACACUGCAAGAUAGAUCGGUGGCCGGGAGUUUCACACUGCUUGACUUUGGAAUAGGAAGAAUUGCAGACAACUUUGUCUUGGUUCGCAAACUACAUCUCACAUCCAAACACAAGCGAGAAGUGACAUGGAAACAAGGUAGUGUAUCUUUUGUUAUUAACUACACAAUGAGAAAGAAGCUUUUAGUGGGGUAGUGGUUGUGGUAUUUCUCGGAUGACAUGUCAAACAGACAUGGGCGCUCCUGCCAAAUUUCAACUAGUUUUUCCUUCAUUUCUUGGGCUCAAAUAGAUCAAAAAGAAGCAUUUUUAACUUCUACCCUAACUUCCCGCUGACCUGCAGAUACUUAACUAGUGGAUGCCACUCUCAUUGGCUGUAGGUAAUCGUCAAUGUUAUUUUCAAUAAGAACACAUUUCACACGCCAUGGUUUGAAUGGCCGACAGCUCCAGAUAUUUAGCAUGCCAAAUAUGUCAUGGGUGUCAGCGACUCAUCUGCAAUUCUCUCAGAUCUUGUCACAAUAGUUCACACUGUGUGAUUGUUACUCAGCUGAAUAAGCACUGCUUUGCCUGUGAUUUUGUGCAUUCGAUGGCGAUUUUUCAAAACUUGUAGGCGAGUCAAAAUUGGGGCUAAAAUCAUGCAGUCUGAACUCGGCAUAACAGGGGAAAAAAAACAGCGUGAUGGAUGUAAUGUGUAUUUAUGUAAUACAUUAGGCGUGUAUGGCCAUACACCCAAAGCACUUCACAAUCAUGAGGGGGUCUCCACACAAUCACCAAUUUUCAGCAUACACUUGGAUGAUGCGAUGGCAGCCACAGGACAACGGUGCGCUUACCACACACCAGCUAUAGGUGGAGUAGAGAGACAGUGAUAAAGCCAAUUCAGUGGAUGGGGAUGAUUGAAAUGCCAUGAUGGUUAAGGGCCGAGAGGGAUUUUGGCCAGUUACACCCCUACUCUUUACGAGAAGUGCCAUAGGAUUUUUUAAUAACCCACGGAGAAUCAGUACCUUGGUUUCUCGUCUCAUCCGAAAGACAGUGCUCACUGACAGUAUAGCGUCCCCUUUACCUUUAUUGGGGCAUUAGGACUCACAGACUACAAGUUGAGCACCUCCUGCUGGCCUCACUAACACCACCUUCAACAGCAACCUAGAUUUCCCAUGUGGUCUCCCAUCCAGGUACUGACCAGGCUCAGCCCUCCUUAGCUUCAGUCAGUAAGGGGUCUUGUAAUGAAUCUUUUGAUGAAUGCCCUGUUCCAAUUCUGCGGUUCUUCAAGUGUUUGUGCUACUUCCAAAAUGAAGGAUGGAUGUAUUUGAAACAUUUGUUUAUGAUUUGAUUCAUGAAAAUAGUCAUAUUUGGUGUAGGCAUGGCGCAAGGUAAUAGUGCAAUCUGCUGUAAAUUGAUUUAAUGAAUGCAAUGAUGUGCAAUAGAAAAAAAUAUAUAUUUUAGUAUUUGUUUUUAUUGAACUUAUGUUGAACUUUGUGAGUUGAUCAGUAUUUAUUGUUGUUAUUGUACUUUGUUUGUUAAUCUCAUGUGAAACUUUGUUUUAUUCAUUCCGUUUACCAGCGCAAUUGUAUCUCGCUAUAGAGCACUUAAGCAAACAGGGUUUUCCCUAUUCAAACAGGUUUCAUCAUGUUUUAUGUAAAUUUUAGUUAUACCUUUAUGACAGUUCCUAAAGUUAUUCUAAAACUCUAUAACUAUAUUUAUUUUUCUAUUUAGCUUAUUUCAAAAUGUCUCAGUAAACUAUCAAAAAUCAACAUUUGCUUUAUUUAUCUAAUACGCAAAGCCUACUGAAGGAAAAACUGGACAUGGAUGCUGUUUAUGUUUUGAUUGAGGUCAGAAACUGCAGACUUUGUUUGGCUGAAGAUUACAACUCUCAGACUCUACAUUUGUAAACCAGCAUUUAUCAGAUCGAAACAGACCUUCAUCUGAUCAUCUGAUUAUGGCUGAACUUUACUCCCUUAUUCAAUAUUAUGAUGUUUUACCAUCAUUGUUCUUUAUUGGAGCAACUUCACACUGGGUUUAAACUAAUCAGAUCACAAUAUUCAGCAUUUCACCACCAUUUAAUAUCAAGCUAACUUGUUUACUCAGCAACCUGCUUCCUCUCUAUUGCAGCAGACUAUUGUGUUAUAAGAUUACAGUUCUGGGAAACUUUGCUGAGUGAUUUACAUUGAAGUUAGAUUAGACAUCUAAAUAAGUUUGCCAUAAGGUCUGUGUGAGUUUUAUGCUGUCAGAAAAGGCAAAUAAGCAUGAUAUCAGCAGAAGCAAGCAAAUUCAGAGAAUUAUUGUGACACUAAUGACCCCACUAAAGGAGUUGUUUCAAUAAGAAAAGCAUCACACCCAACAUAAGAACGCUUUUAAUAUUCAUUAUUAUCAGAUGUUCCAUCCAGUUCAACGUGCAUUACAUAUAUAGCACAGUGAUUAUAUGGUUACAUCUUGUUUGGAUGCUAACCACAAACUUUUUAUUCGCCUAUUUAGCUCGCCCAAAUUGAAACCCAGUACAUCAGCAACCUGUUGAACCACUGUUAUUUGCAAUAGUAAUAUGUGCACAAUGAUUUACUUGUUGAUGCAGUGUUGUAAUAGAAAAACAACAGAGCCAACUGUUGUGUCAUGUGUGCUGUUUGAGUAAUUGACUAAUGCAUUAAAAGGAGUGUUGAGUUUAAUAAGAGAAUUCA